AGAAAAAUUGCUUUAAUAAUGCUUUUUAUUAAGCCUGGCUAUUGUUACAGCCUAGCAGCAGCAAGCCUACUACUACAAGCCUUGGCUAGGCCUGUACUACUAGACUAGCCUGGCACCAACACUAGUAGUACUAGUAGGAGGCCUGCCUAGCCUAGAAAAUGAAUUCUGAAGGAGCAACCCAGAGGCCAAUGAUAAGUGUAAUGCUUAUGUCGGAGCUUGUUAAAUGUCCACCUAGUUUCUUUGAAAUAAGACAGGACGUCGGACGAGAGCACCCCAUUUUCAUUCACGAUCACCACAAAGUUAAUGUGUGUGUUCAUUCAUCCAAAUACAAAACAUGGUUUCCAGACACUCUUGGAGAAAUUUUGAAAGUUCACAAUGAAACGGAGUUGGAAAGUUUGUCACGAAGUCUUCUUUCAAAACCAUUGUUCUUAGAUGUUCAUCUUGAAAGGAACUCAAAGCUUGCAAAUCACCGACACAUCACCACAGGUGAUUUUGCUGUAGUGGUAAACCCUGAGCACCCAGUCAUCAGGCAGCAGAUGGCAAAGAUCCUAGAGGAGGGCAAAGCAGAUAUGAGUGCAGGGAGAAGUUUUGCCUUGGAGUUUGAGUUUAAUGAUGUGAUCAAGGCUUGGUUCAAACAAUUGAUGUCAGAGGAUGGAAUUACCGACUCUGCCUGCUACACUCUGUGGGAGUGUAACCAUGGUAGAAUUGUCAUCACAAACUCAUCAGAGUACCUUCACUGUUAUGAUGUCUCUCUUGAAAAUACCAUCAUAUGGAUGAUCUGUCUCCCUUGCUGUCUACUCACCUGCCCAUGUUAUCGGGUACAUAGAUGCUUUUCUUGCGUGGAUCGCUCAGUAACUGUACAGGGAGAAGUUGUGUAUGUAUCGAUGAAUCGUUGGCAACGUACGUUGACAGCUGCUGCCAUUAUGCAAGCUAUUCAGUCUCAGAUGCAGUCACCCCGCACUCAAGUCGUUGGACCUCCACAAGCUUAUAACACAGUUAAUCCACCUGUCACAACUCAACCGCAGACUGCUUACCCCGGUUAUCCUCAUCCAGCUCAGCAUCAGCAAGCAACUUACCCCUACCCAGCUCAGCCAGCCCCGCAUCCACAAGUGGCAUAUCCCUCAGCUUCACAACCAGCCCCAAGACCACAGCUGCCAUCCUAUGAUGAGGUUAUGAGGAACACGACUGGUGACAACACUAAACUUAUUCAGUAAUUAGUUGAUUGAUAAACAUCUGUCUUCAUUAUUCUUUUAUUUAUUUGUUGUAGUAUUUUUUUAGUGAUAGAUUCAGUCUGCCGAAAAUAAAGAGACUUGAAAAUUAAAAAAAUAAAUAUAAAAAUAUAAUCUAUAAAAAGAAUAUAUUGGAUACAAUCAAAUAUAUGAAUGAUUAGUAUUAUAUAUACAUAUCUUGUUAAAAAAAAUGUUUUGGCUCACAGUUUCUGUAAAUUUAUAAAUAAAGACUGAAUUGUGUAAUGAAGAAGCAAUUUCUCCAUAUAAUGGUUUAUGGAUUGUCAAUUUUUUCCACUUGCUGAAAACACAUCUUGUAAAAAAAAUUCUCGCUGAAAACACAUCUUGUAAAAAAAAAUGGGGUUUUUUUGGUACAGAGUUUCUGUAAAUUUACAAAUACAGAAUUUUGUAAAUGAAGAAAUUCCACCAUCUAAUGGUUUAUGGAUUGUCAAUUUUUUUCCACUUGGUGACAACACUUAAGACAGAAUGUAAUUAAAAUACUAACAUACUCUAUGUAGAGGUAGAUAAUAAAGGUAAAACUUGAGUGUAGACAGAGAUGCAGGGCGUGCGGACCCCCAUGGCAGCAAACUAGUUCAACCAAGUGGGUUGAUAUGCUAAAAUUAACCAUUAAUUUUCAUUGGAAUAUGGAAUUAGUUAGAAACAGGGGCCCCUAUGAGCUUCAAUUGUUAGGCAAGGGAUCAAAUCUAAAUGUGGGGAUAAGACAAUGCAAUAUAAGACAAUCUUCAAUCUUUAAUAUUAAUUUUAAUUAUUUUAGUAUUAAUUGUUAAUAUAUACACAUAUGAUAUACUGUAUAUUUUAAAAUCUCUAGAAUUAUAUAUUAUUUUAAUUUUUUGGAACAUUAAAUGUUGACCAUAUUUAUUAUUUAACUGUUCAGUGUUUAAUAUUUUAUCUUGAAUAGGUUGUAAAAGCAUGUGAAUAAAAAACAAGAAACAUAAUACAUAUACAUUACUAAUGGUAGGCCUACCCUAUAAUUAGGGUAAUAUAAUUAGCUCAUAGAUGAUAUUCAUUAUUUCCACUUUUGAUUGAUUGGUUGAGUAAAGACAUUAUUAAUCUUAGUUCAUUUUAGCAAUGUAAGCUAUCUCAGCAAUUGACUUCAAUAUACAUAAAUGCUUCUACUUACCAUUGUUAUGUUAUGUUGUAUGUCAUGUUCAAAACCUUGGUUGUGCUUCUGUUUUGCUAUUUGCAUUUUCAGAAUAGUUCUGCAUGAUGAUUUAUGUCUAUUAUCUCGUAUAUAUUUUAUAUAAGCCUGUAUAUGUGCUAAACUUGAUAUCACAGAUUCUACUACUGUACAGUUUCAAGUUUUCUGGGGUUGCACCUUCUAUUGGGUUGCACCCUCUAUUGGGUUGCACCCUCUAUUGGGUUGCACCCUCUAUUGGGUUGCACCCUCUAUUGAGGGUCUCUAUUGGGUUGCACCCUCUAUUGGGUUGCACCCUCUAUUGUAUAUAAUAUAGGAUUUGUUUGUGACACAAAAACAUUUGAUAUCAAGCCUUUUGAUUUUUGUGGUAUUUUCUAUGUUAUUUUUUUAAAUAUUUUAAAUUUUUCUAAGUCUCCCCAAAUUCAUUUUAAUUUCUGCAAUGAUUUAUUUACUUAUUUUUUUAUUUGAAAUCUUGGAAUUUUCAGUAUAAUACCGCAUGAUGAUUUAUGUAUAACCUCGUGUAUCAUUUUAUAAGAAGCUGGUACAUGUGCCAAACACGAUACAGUAAUACAAUAGAAGUUUUUUUGCCGUUACGCUCUCUAUUGUAAUUGUAUAUUGUUUUUUUGAAAAUAUAACAUUGUUUGCGUUAUAGUAAUUAUGUCUGAACAAAGUAUAGAAUAAAAGUUCAUAAAUGUUGUCAGCAUUGA